UGUAUGUGUUGAAGAUAUCAAACACGAAUUUUGUUUACAAAUGGUUGCCAUUUGCCUAUAGUAUAUAGUGUUUUUCUUAAUCAUAAAAAUGUCAACUCGAAUGGAAUAUAUCAUUUCAUCUUGGGAAAUUGAGUCAUUUAUAGAUAAUUUACAAAUAUCUGAUCUUGAAAAUAUUGGAACAAAAGGAUGGUUUGAAUUUCAUAAAAGAUUGAUGUUAUUGAAUGAACAAAGUGUAUUAGAAAUUAGCGCCUUGCGAGAAGAAAGUACAAAGGAAUGGUUUGUUUCUCUUGGAAAGAUUCCUAUUCUUAUAUAUGAAGCUAUACAAAUUGAUAUAUGGAAACAUAAAGUAUUUCCACUUUUGAUAGAAAUGAAUGAAGAACCAAAAAAUACUUUUAUGCUAUUCACAAUAUUUUAUCACGAAGAUAUUGCAGUUUCUUUAUUAGAAAAUGUGUUAUUUCACUGUGAAAGUGCAGAAACUUUGAAUGAUUCUAUUCUUGAUCUUGUUGAUUAUGCUGUUAAAUCUGUAUCUCUACUCAUUGAUGUAUCAAAUAUUGAAAUAUAUGAAAAUGUAAAAGAUCCAAAUUCAUGCCUUGAAGAAAUUUUUGAAAAAAAGAAAGAAUUCGAAUUUGAUAUUGGUAUACGUUGCGUUUCAAUUCUUCGUUACUUGGCUGAAUUUGCAGACAAAUUACCAUUGUAUGUAUUAUCGCGAUUAUUAACUACACAUGAUGUACCCUACUUGCUUGUUGAACUUAUUGAGAGACAUCCAUGGACAAAGAAAAAUGCAGAAGGAGAAAAUAUGAUAUAUAAUGGUGGCUGGAAAAAAACAAAACCAAAUGAAGAGGAAAAAAUUUCUAAGAUAGAAGGACAAAUUUGGUUAGGUUUGAGAGAAUUAUUACUUAAUCCAAAAAGUGCAUCUUAUUAUGAAAUUACUGAACAUAGAUUCUUUAAAUUAUUAAAGUUACAGAAAUAUUUGCAUGAAUGUGUAGUGGAUCAAAUUUCUCCUUUAAUGGAUUUAAAACGAUGGUUAAAUUAUUUAAAUGUAUCAUCACCUAAUACUAAUGCAUCACGAGCAGUAAAUGUGGAACUUAUACCACAGAUAAGAUCAUCAAUAAUGGAAAAAUAUCACAAAAAGUGGAAAAAAUUAGCAAAAAAUCAAUCAAAAUUUAUAUACACAACAGAUGCUGAUUAUAUAAAAAAUGCAGCUCAAAUCUUAAGUGAUGCAUAUGAUUUAGAUAAACUAGAUUGUAUUGAUAUUAAAGAAUGUUUUUUAUGUCAUGAAGAAGCAAAAAAACGUUGUUCUAAAUGUAAAGAAGCUUGGUAUUGUGGAAGGGAGUGUCAAAUAAAAGAUUGGAUUAAACAUAAAGAUAUUUGCGACAAAAUAACAAAAAAUAUAGAAAAUAAAUAAAAGGUUUAAUUUUAAAACUAUUUCUAGAAAAAAAAUUUAUUAUCUUUUUAUUAUUUUGUCUUCAAUGAUUAAAUUAAAUAAAUUAAAAAUUAUUCAUGAAUAGAUUUUAGUUGAUUUUUCUAUUACAAUACAAAAUUUAAAAAUACUUAAGGAUUAAAUUAAUUAUACGUACGAUUUUAUGUCCAAUAUUUUAUUAAAAGAUUUUAGUGUACAGAACUUUGUUUGACAUAUUCCAUUACAACAUCUUUUGCAGGAGUAUCUUCUCCAAAGUCCUAAAGGUAAAAAGAUAAUUCUUUGAUUGAAAGAAAUUCAAUAAUUAAAAAAAAUUGUUAAAAAAUCAAUAUUAAAUUAUUAAAAUCAGAAAGGCAUUAACACAGCAUAGUUUAUUAAUUAUAUGGGUUCUCUCAGUAGAGGGAGCCUUUGCUUUCAUCACAAAAUGUCAUACGAUUUGUAAUUUAAAUUAAAAAAAAAUGUUAUUUUUACAUUUUAUAUAAUUUAUACCUUUAUAACAACACAGGAGCACCCAACAACUUUUCGAGCUUUACCAGCACUGUCAAUUUUACAAAGACCAGCCCAUUCACCAAGUUUUUUAUUAUUGUCUACUCUGAUUAAAGGAAUUUGAUGUUCAUUACAUAAUGCUUGUACUAAUUUUUUAUACAUAGGUUCA